AUGGGAUUAUCCAACGUUGUGCUAAUAGUUGCUGCUGCUAUUUUGCUUGGGUCUAUUAGCUGCACGGCCAAGAACGACACGCCCAGAUUGGUGCCGGAAAUUGCGCCGUAUGAAAGGGAGUACGCGCCCACAACGGCUGGAAAUACAAACCGCGAAGAGAAACAGAUCCUGCGAUUUCUCGAAGUGGCUCGUGUGGCUGAGGGCGACGAAGAAGAGAGAGCCUUGAAUUUUGCUUAUCUGAAGAAUCUGAAGAAUCUGGAGAAGUACAUACCCAAGGCAGAUACACUCAAGGCAGCAAUGAAGGCAGCACAAGCGAAGAAGGCUGCCAAGGCCGCAGAUAAGCUGAAGAAGAACAAUCUCUUUAAACUACCGGGAACUACGGACGAUCAGCUUAUCUCGAAAUUCAGGGAGUGGCGUGCACAGGGAAAAUCUUCGGCCGACGUCACUAAUGGCAUUUUUAAAACGAACGGAAUGAAGCAAAAUGACGCUAUUACGAUCGGCAACCGAUAUCAGGUUUACCUCAACGAUUUUGGCUAA